AUGAUCGAGGGCGCACAGAGCGAAGUAGGGAAACAUGAUGAGAAAGAGCAAGUUCACGAUGUCGUGAUCGGCGUCCUCUUGGUAGAACCCGAUGAACGAUCGCCGAUCGCGAAAGACGAAGAGAAACGGCUGGUGCGCAAGCUGGAUCGCAGGAUUAUGCCUAUGUUGUGCAUCUUGUAUCUCCUCUCUGCUCUUGACAGAGCCAACCUAGGAAACGCGCGCCUGCAAGGUCUUCCGCGAGACGUCCUACACGGAGAUCCGACAGGCGCUCUAUUCGACUGGGCAAACUCGGCGUUUUACUUUUCAUACGUUUUCUUCCUGGUUCCCGUACUCAUCCUCUCGAAGUUAUGCCCUCCCCGCAUGUGGCUGGGGUGUAUGAUGAUUGGAUUAGGACUAUCAUCAACGCUGAUGGCCUCUGCAUUCAACUUUCCGGGACUUAUUGUCGCUCGCCUAGCCCUAGGAUUCUUCGAAGCAGGCUUUAGCCCCAGUUUCCCUGUCUACUUGUCUCUUUUCUAUACCAGGGAAGAAUUCGGGUUCCGUACGGCAUCCUGGUUCAUGUUCUCAGCAGUUGCUGGAGCGUUCGGCGGGUUGAUCGCCUUCGGGAUCCAGCACAUCCACGCGGCGAUCGCCAGCUGGAGGCUGCUGUUCAUUGUCGAGGGCGUCCCGUCGAUUUUGCUGGGAAUACUGGCGUUCAAAAUUUUGCCUGACAGGCCGGAGGAAACUUCGCUGCUGACCGAACGGGAGCGUGAGAUCGCCGUGGAUCGUAUGAACAGGGGUGGGAGUGCUGAUGUUGGAAGAGUCCUUCAGAAGAGACACAUAGCGAUCGCCUUCCGCGACUGGAAGUUGUACGCGGGUGGCGUGACGUACUUUGCAGCAAAUUGCGCCUUGUCCAGCAUUCAAGGAUUCUUGCCAACCAUCAUUGCAAGCUUCGGCUUCACCGACGCCGUCGCGCAGAUACUGACCGUUCCCCCGUACAUGGUAGCUGCCUUGGUUCUUUGCGUCACCACCUACGCCUCGGAUCGGCUGCAACGUCGCGGGGUGUUCCUUGCAGGCACAAACGCCGUGGCAGGGAUUGGAUACAUUCUACUCUUGGUCUUUCCAUCAAAUGUCGGCGCGCGGUACUUCGCCACGUUCUGCACCGUAGCCGGGACGUACACGAACAUCGGACUCAUUCUUACAUGGUUCUCUCAUAACCUCGGGUCGGAGACCAAGCAGGCAGCGGGCAUACCUCUGUACAUGUCCAUCGGCCAAUGCGGGAGCAUACUGGGUUCACACUUGUUCCCAUCUCCCGAGGCACCUCGCUAUAUAAAAGGGUUUGCGGUUACUUGCGGUCUGCAAUUCCUCUCCGUAGCUGUCGCCCUUGUACUUGCCACGUACUACGUAUGGGAGAAUCGACGCCGAGACCAAUUAUACGGCAAGCCGGUUCCCGAGGCUGUGGUAGACGUCUCUGAACUGGCAGAUGAGGCACCCGACUUCCGCUACACCCCCUGA